AUGAAUUUGUUGUCGACAGGCACCGGUAAGUCUUCGUACCGAGAUAUCAUCAAGCAACUGGCUGCCCAGUCGCCCCAACCCUACGGUGUCAUUCCUCCUUUGCAUAAAUCUCGGAGAAAGAAAAAGCCCUCAUCUCAGCAUGAGUCCAUGACGGAUUCCACUUUGGUUCAGCGUCAGCGACUCUUGCGACGCAUGUCUCAUGUGGAAGAUUGGGUGGUGGUAGAUAGUAAAGAAAGUCUUCCCGAUGAAGAGGAAUUGGUACAUACCGACGUGUUUACGCAGGUGUUACCGUUGCAUAUGCCACCACCUUCUUUGAACGAGGAUCGCAAACGAAAGCGGACCAUUGCAUCCAAGUCGCAAACGCCAUCCACAUCCACCACGGCUUCGUCGGUGCUUUCAUCAUCUCCCCCUCGGAUGUCGGAUAUUCAUCAAAUGCGAUGGUUACAGACCAUUGCCCACCUUAAGCGUUCCUUGGAUCAGGUGAAAUCUUCUCCUGCCAAGCGCACUCUGAUUCCUAUGCCGCCUCCUCCACCCAAGCGUCCCAUGUCUCGACACCGACGAUCCGAAGCCACGACUCAACCACGGUUCGAUCCGGAAACCAAUACCUAUACCCGUGAUACUCGGUCGAACCCUGAUCAUCUGAGAAUGAUAUCAGCUGAACUGAACAUGAUGCGUUCACGCAAACUCUUGAGUCCUCUAAAGCCACGUGGAUUUCUUCCAAGGCGCAAGGAUCCAUUCAUACGCGGUACGAAUCGUCGAGAAUCCUGUUUGCGCAAAGAACUGUGA